UCCAUUUCACUCUCUCUCUCUCUCUCGUGAAAACAUGUCGUUCACCGGGAACGUCAGCGGCCCUGCCAUCGCCGUCGUAACCGAUAAAGAUUUCUUUUGCUACCAAUGUAACCGUAACGUCACCGUAACAAUAUCCCCUUCCUCUGACCCUUCUUGUCCCUUAUGCAAUGACGGCUUCCUCGAAGAGUACGAAAACCCUAACCCUAAUUCUGGCUUCGACUUCCUUAAUCCCAGUAGAAUUCCGUUUGACGAUCCCUAUUCAUCGUUACCGGAUCCGUUCUCUGCCCUUCUCCCCCUCCUGUUGUCGUCAUCAUCCCCGGCUUCCGCUGACCAUAACAGCCCUAAUAUAUUCGGGUCGUCGCGGUCAGGUCGGGAUGACCCGUUCGCUUUCGAUCCGUCUACCUUCUUCCAGAAUCAUCUUAACGAUCUCCGUUCGAGCGGGGCGAAUAUCCAGUUCGUGAUCGAGAAUAAUCCGUCUGAGCCGGGCUUUCGGCUUCCAGCUAACAUUGGGGAUUAUUUCAUCGGACCGGGACUCGAGCAACUGAUCCAGCAGCUUGCUGAGAAUGACCCGAAUAGAUAUGGAACUCCGCCGGCAUCGAAAUCAGCUAUGGAUGCUCUACCUUCGGUGAAGAUAACGAAAAAUCACUUGAAUUCGGAGUUCAAUCAAUGUGCAGUUUGCAUGGACGAGUUCGAGGAAGGGACUCAAGCGAUGCAAAUGCCUUGUAAGCAUCUUUAUCAUAGAGAUUGUUUAUUUCCAUGGCUGGAAUCGCAUAAUUCGUGCCCUGUGUGUCGUCAUGAGUUGCCUACGGAUGAUCCUGAUUAUGAGAGGAGGGUUCGUGGGGCACCUGGCACUGUUGGCGGUAGUGAUGGUGGCGGUAGCGGUGCUGCUAGUGGUGUGCAGAGCUCUACAGGGGAUAAUCGGAUUGUCGAAAGGAGUUUUAGGAUAUCGCUGCCCUGGCCUUUUGGGAGUCGUGGCUCAGGUGAUAAUCCCGAGCCCAGGGAAGAAGGUUUGGAUUGAGUAUUGAAUGUGGAGAAGAUAAUGAGCAUAUCAAAUUUUUGAUGUUGCUAGCUUGAAAUACAGUGAAACAUCAGCUAUUUCUUACAUGAGGGAGAUGGUGACAAAAUAGGCUCUUUCAAAUUUGGGAAAGCAGAGUUAAUGUGUAAAAAUGGAGAAAUAAGCUUUAGUUUGGUUACAUACAUUUUAAGGAAGUUCUAGUUUGGUAUUUGGGAUUUUUACAUACAUUUGAACGUAUUACAGCUUUGGUUAUUUAUGAUAGUUUCAUUUACUCA